UAGCUGAGUACGGAGCGAACAGGGAAAGUUGCUGAUCUCGGCCGAGCGUGGCCGUGAAUGCGGGCGCCUUCCCCUUUAAGAUGUGACCAGCUAGCGCAGUUCGCGGAGGAAGUAUCCGUACAAACCAGCGAAAACUGGACCGAAGGAGAACAUAAAUAAAGCCUUUCGGUACCCACGUUUACUCACAACGAUGCGUGCAUAUUCCAAUUAGCCGUUUUUGGGGAAGCCACUUUUAAUAAAACUCGAUUAAUCGGAAAGGGGGAUACUAAUGGCUAGCCUGUGCUAGCCACCGACUCACGAAAAGUAACAUUUGCCCCUCCGUGUGUAGCGUGUAUCCGGUCAGCACUAAAACUGUUCGCCGAGUAAAGAUUGUGAGUAUUAUGCACAAUAACUGUUACUGAUGUUUAGCUGCUUUAUGAUAUAGCAGGAUAAACUUAGGUCGGUAGAUACAAGCGGUGGGAUUGCAUUUGUCGGCCGGGUCUCCAGAUCGGUAGCUAUUUCCCCUGUGGAGGCGUACAAUAUCGAAGAAUAAAACGUCGUCGAGACAACACAGAUUUGUGAAGCUGCAAAGUAGCAUGGAAUUGCUGUGUUUUCGGUUACCCGGGCACGGCGAUGCCACCCUGCAAAAUAUGAACUCCCUGCGCACGCGACAGCAUUUCUGUGACAUCACCAUAGUGGCGAGCGACCAGCAGACGUUCAGGGGUCACAAAGUAGUGCUGGCUGCGUGCUCCCCCUUUCUGAGGGACCAGUUUUUGCUGAACCCUUCAUCUGAAUUGCAGGUGUCAGUGCUGCACAGUGCCAGCGUAGUGUGUCAGCUGCUUCAGUCAUGCUAUACCGGUAUACUGCAGUUCAGCACCAAAGAAAUCGUCAACUACUUAACAGCUGCAAGCUACCUGCAGAUGGAGAACGUGGUAGAGAAGUGCCGAGGAGCCCUGAGCCAGUAUCUGCAGCCCAGGACCCCCAGUCCUUCUGGGACCAUAAAACUAGAGGAGAAUCAGGCUUUGCCAGAUUUCGAAAGUGGCCGACAUUCUAUGCGCUCCAGAUCGCCACCCGCUGGCCAGUCGGGGUCAAUGCAGCUUUCUAGCCGCAGAAGCUCCCAGGCCUGUGCUGACGCACACAUUCAGACCGGCUCGUGCAAGGAUGACACACUUGAUGAGAGUGUUUCUGUGCUCAAGGUAAAACCAUCGGGUCCCACAGAGGAGUUUCAUGAAGAGGAGGAAAGGGAGGACUAUGAAGUAUUUCAGGUCUGCAUAGAGGAGGACGAAGAGGGAGAUGAGGAGAAGCGCAGGGAGGAAGACGAUGACGGCGUAGUGUCGCUGGACAACCAUUUCCAAGAAACGGUUAGAGGGAAAACUGGUGAUGAGGGUGAAGAGGAGAUAGCAGAACAUGUGGUUGGAAGAAUGGAAAGAGAGGGGUACAGAAUUUGGAGGAGAAGGCAUGGGGAACAGAGGGGUGGUAGGGCAAGAGGGCUUCGCCACAAAAGGCGCAACACCAGCCGCGAAAUGGGCUUUUCAGGACCGCAUUACCCCGACAACUGGCAUAUACCAACACCGGAUGAGAUAAUGGGCAGCUUUGGACUGGUCCAUUCUGAUUUUAACCAAGGGGGGAUUAAAUCUGCAUCAGUGGGGUACAUCUCCAGCUGUGACCUGGGGCAAAGUGGAACGGAACAGCUUACGCAGGUUCCAUAUGGGAUCAGUGAUGUCCAGGGAGAAUCUGUGGUCGAAGAGCAAGGUUUAGGGGACUCACCAGCUCAUUUUAGACUUGAGGAAAGCGGCAGAGGUCAGGCCAUGGGGCUGACGUCGGCACGGGAAGAGUCCGAGUCUGUGGCAGUGGUGGGGUCCACCUCUUCCAGCGGGGGCCCUAUUUCCUGCGACCCCUGCGGACUCACGUUUCCCUCAGCGGAGUCCCUUACCCUGCACGCCCGCUCCGUCCACCCCCUCUUUGUCUGCCCACGCUGUGGCAAGCAGUUCAACCACGCCAGUAACCUCAACAGGCACAUGGCCAUCCACCGGGGCACCAAAUCGCACCGCUGCCACCUGUGCCACAAGACCUUCACACAGAAGUCAACGCUGUGCGACCACAUGAACCUGCACAGCGGCGAGCGGCCGCACCGCUGCUCCUACUGCCACGUGCGCUUCGCCCACAAACCUGCCCUGCGACGCCAUCUAAAGGAGCAACACGGAAAGACCACUGCCCAGAAUUGUAUGGAGGCCCAGAGGGAGAGGGACAGGGAGAGAGAUGAAGGGGGGGUCUGACAGAGGGGUUGUUUCUGGUUCAUUCUCUUGCUGGGUGCUCGCUUUAAAGCUCUGAUAUGGCGAGAUUGGACUUCUGAGGAGGGCUGUGAGCGAAGCAACAAUAUGGAGAAUUCGGAUUGAAAAGGGGGCUUUUGGUGAGGAAAGGAGCUGAAGGGGUAGAGAAAGAGGACAUGCUUUGGUCCUGUUACUCCUCCUGCGAUUAGAAGGGAUAUUUCUAGUAUGACUUCUUUAGAUCAGAGAUAAUUAUUUAGUUCCAUUGGUCUUGAUGGUGUUCUUUCACAAUCAGGCCAAACUCAGUGCCCGGGUGCCAUUUGUGCAAGAAUCUCAGCUGGGUUGGGAACAGACAGAAGUUCAACCCACAUUCGAACUUUGCUUGUGGAGAACCGAUCUGUUUCAACUCCAGGACAUUAUCCGAUAGUACAGCGGUGUCCAGUCCAGAAAGACUGUUGGGAGUGUGUGUUUAUGCUGCAACUCCCUAAUUAGAUUAGUAAUUGGAGGACUGAUUGGCUGAAGAGUCCUAACACCUGGCGUGAACAGCUGAGCUAAAGGUUACGGAUAAGAUUGCCCACCCUGAGAUAGUAGAACCUGUGAUGUUGGCCAAAGGUUGUAGAUGGUUCCUGUUUGCCUUUUUAUCUGUGAUGUACAGUUAGGGGCUGGUUUUUAAGAAGGUUUAAUGCCGUUGUUUUAGUUUAGGUAAAGCACGUUAAAAAUGUUACAGUGUGUCACUUCUGUAAUCAGUAACCUUAACAGAAUUUGGUAAAAUGAACACUGAAAAGUACAUGGAGUAAUCUACUGUAAAAUUACUGUUACCUUCGUGUCCUGUUUCCCCAGUACAGUUUGUCCAUGUUUCAUUGUUACUAAAAUGAUCAUAUUCAUGUUUGAAACAUCUACAGGUCAUUUCUCUUGUUGUUGCAAACAGCUAUAUUUUUCAUGUCUAAUAUGAACAUUAAAACAAUUUUGUUUUUUA